AUGGAGUUCCCGAAAAUUUAUGUUGUGGCAGGAGCGUCGGAAGAGCCGACCGUAAUGGUGAAAAGAAGAGCCGUGACCAGCAGUUUUCUCAAAGAGGCUGCGUCCACGCCGGCUCAGCCGAGAACAACAGCGGCUCAGAGGGCCAAGAGGACAUUCCGUCAAAUCCCCGGGACUCUUCUCCGGUUACUUCCCUGCAUCACGUGGGUGGCAAACUAUGACGUCAAGAGGCAGCUUGUCCCCGAUGUAUUGGCUGGACUUUCCACCGGUGUGCUGCACGUGCCACAGGGCAUGGUGUCAGCCAUCAUCUCCGGCGUGGGUCCCGUGUACGGCCUGUACAGUUCUCUGUACCCGGCCCUUGUCUACGUGCUGCUGGGCUCGUCGCCCUACAUCUCCAUGGGGAUGUUCGCGGUGACGGCACUGAUGACGGCCAACGCUGUCAAGACGUUCGGGGUCCAAAGCAACACAACGGUUGGCAACGAGAGUUAUCCCGACUUCGGAGAUUCCCCGGCCGGUGUGGCCAUCACUGUCACGAUGAUGAGUGGGCUGAUCCAGAUCGCUCUGUGGCUACUGCGCCUGGACAGGCUAUCCGUCGUCAUCUCUCCCAUCAUGGCCGAAGGCUUCCUGGCCGGAGCUGCUUUCACAGUAGUCGCCACUCAAGUACCGUCCGUCUUCGACGCUUCCUACCAGUCAUCCAAGGGCGUCUUCGGCACAGUUCUGAGCCUGUACAGCCUGAUGGCGAACAUCCUUUCAAGCAACGUGGUCACAACGUCGAUGUCCCUGGUUGCGUUCGUCCUGCUGGGAGUAUCCAAGUUUGUAUUUGGCCGGAGGCUCAAGAGGGUUACCGCCAUUCCAUUGCCUGCGGACCUGAUUCUCGUGGCCGCUGGAGCGACGAUAUCGUACCUUCUCCACUUGCAUGAGAGUUACGAAGUGUCUGUCGUUGGCGUCAUCCCUUCAGGGUUCCCGGAUCCGCUGACGCCUUCGUGGAGGCACUCCUUGAGCGUGUUACCCGACGCGGCGGCCAUCGCCUUGGUACAGUUCGUAUCGGCAGUGUCCAUGGCAGAACUGCUGGGACGCAAACAGCGCCUGAACGUAGACGCAAGGCAGGAAAUGCUGGCGUACGGCGUGAGCAGCGUGGUAGGCUCCUUCUUCCAGUGCAUCCCGACGGGCUCUGCCGUCGCCCGGUCCAUCAUCCUCAAGGACGUCGGAGGACAGACACAGGUUUCAGGGCUGGUAUCCAGCGCCGUCGUGGCCGUCACACUCUACGCCUUCGCUCCACUUUUCGAGCCUCUACCAAAGUGCAUCUUGGGCGUUGUGAUCAUCGUGGCCCUUGUGCCCAUGUUACUCAAAGUGAAGAACCUGCCCAAGCUGUGGAAGACGAGCCGUUCCGACGCGGCGUUGUGGCUUCUGAGUUGCGUCAGCGUCAUCUUCCUCGAUGUCACCUACGGCCUGAUUGUGGGAAGCCUGCUGGGACUACUCAUCAUCUUCCUCAAGCUGAACAGUCACGAGGGUAUAUACUUACAAGCAUACAGCAGCGACAUAUUUCUGCCUUCGGGAUCACAUAUCUCUUGGCAUGACGGUAUUGUCAUAUUCCGAUUCGGAAGUCCACUGUGUUUUGCUAAUCACAAAAACAUCAUCUGCGGCUUCGAGGAAAUUUUCCGCGAGACUCAGCCUGAAAAGCCCCAGUUCAUAGAUGAAACCAAAAAUCUAAAAUCAGCGAAAGCCAUUGUUCUAGAUUGUUCUGCGAUCAGUUUCAUAGACUCUGUUGGCCUCGCUGCGCUGAACGUGGUUGUUGAAACAUGCCAUGUGAACAAAUGUCAGCUGUUUCUUGCGUCACUGCCAACUGGAACCCUGAGCAGCGUCCAGUCCCAGCCGGACCUGGCGUCAAGGAUAGGCGUCGGUCGCAUGGCUCCGACCAUCCAGGACGCGCUGGCCCUCGUCAAGAAGGAGCUGUCCGACUUGGAGACAAAACAUCGAUUGGACAUUCUUGUGUGACGUGGACAUUCGGCCACCAGCCUAGUUGCUUCUUACCUGCGACGCCUAAUCUACUUCACUCUGAGGAUUGCUCCCCUGCCGGCGUGCAUUCGCACUUCCGCUGACG